GCUAUUUGCCUCAACUCAAACCACUAUGGCGGCAGCAGCACGAUCACUCAGCACCUGCAUAUUUUGCAAGAUCAUCAAGGGCGAGAUCCCAAGCUUCAAGCUCCUCGAGACAGAAACUUCUUACUCAUUCCUUGAUAUUGGCCCCCUCUCCAAGGGUCAUGCUCUGAUCAUCCCUAAAGACCACGCGGCAAAGCUUCACGAGCUCCCAGAUGAAUACCUUACGGACGUGCUGCCCAUCGCGAAGAAGAUCGCCGCUGCACAAGGGCUUGAAAACUACAACAUCCUCCAGAAUAACGGCCGCAUCGCACACCAGGUCGUCGACCACGUACACUUCCAUGUUAUUCCCAAACCUGAUGCGUCAGACGAGGAGGGGCUCGUUAUCGGAUGGCCCGCGAAGUCUGACGUCAUGGAAGAAGUCAAGAAGUAUCACCAGGAACUCCUUGGAAAGCUAUAAAGCGCAUCUGUGGCGCUCCCGAGUUGCUAAUAAUUGUGUUCUAGCCAGUGCGAGGCACGAGCACGUGAUACGAACGAAGUCUAUGCCAUCACGAGUCAGGCACUGAGACAUGCCUUCUUCCCUCUUGCCAUCAUCUUACACCUCUGCUAGUGUUCAACAUUCGAAAUAAUCACCUUUAACAUCUGAUUUGUCCAAUAAAAAAACUGUUUACUUUUCUACCCCUCGUAUUUUCCUCAUGAACAGACUUCAUUCCGACCCCAGUCUGCUAGUCUGCCCUGAUUUCUCAGGCGAUCCGUAUCAGGCUAGCCGCGCCAGUCUAGUAUCUCCUACUACCACCGAUGCUCAAGCUGCUGAUCUUCUUCGCGCGGUCUGGAUCACCACCAACAACUCCCUGUGCGCACAGUGGCGACAACAGGUCACUGAAGACGAACGCCUUCGUGCCGAAGAACAACGUCUAGCCGAAGAAGAGUCCGAGCGCCAACGUCUGGC